AUGCUUCUAGUAUACCCGCUGCGCUGUUAUCUUGCGCUACCAAUCUCCCUUCCAACACAUUAUCGUGCUCCCAAGACGUCAAUCCCCGCCGCUGCUGCUGAUCGUCCAGCCAGUCGUUCGUUCGUCACGCUCCCCACCAGCCCUGCCUGCGAGGCUGUGGCCGGCAAGAAGCGGCAGCGGACCCAGCAGCUCCGGCAGCGGCAGCGGAAGUGGAUCCACAGAUCCGGCAACGGCAACAGCAACGGCAACAGCAACGGAACGGUCAGCUGGAAGCAGACACGGCUCCCGUCACAGCUAGCAGCUGCCGCUCCGCCACCGCUCCGCCACCGCAUCUACACGAAACGCCCAUCCCGCCACUUUCCACCCCUUCAUCUACAGCGGCCGCAGCUCCCACCCGCACAGCUUCAACCGCACGCUACAGCUGACCUGCCACGCGACGCCCCCCCGGCAGAGCAGGGCAGGGCCCCGGGCCCGCUGCCGUGCUCAUCAUGUACGCAGGCGCCGGCUCGUGGCCACGCGCCGUGGACCGAUAAUGCAGAGCAGGCGUCACGCGGCGUGCAGUUGCCGAGAAUAUACCGGACGAGAGGGUGCCUGGCCCGAGGGAGCAUCUCGUUGGCUUUAGAUACUUCUCACCCAAAUGCAUGCAGGGGCCGACGUGUACUCCAUACUCGUCGAUGUCUAGACCCCAUCAUCAAGUCAACAUGA